AUGAUCAGAAUAUUCUUUUAUUUUCCAGCCAGACAACAAUUAUUUUCUUUUAAAAUUUCUAUAAUUAGCACGCCAGAUAUUAAUUUUGUUAGCUCUGACUGUCUUUUACAAUGAUUAUCAAUAAACUCCAUGAUGAGAGCUAUUCUUUUGCAAGGCCCAAAUAAAUUUAGGCUAAAGCAAGUCCCAAUUCCUAAGCCUGCAAAAGGCGAAGUUCUUAUCCGUAUGGAGGCAGCUCCCAUAAAUCCGUCAGAUAUCAUAUGUCUUCGAGGCGGAAUCCAAAAUCAAUAUCCAUUAAUCCCAGGCUUUGAGGGCUCAGGCACAGUAGUUGAAAGCGGCAGUGGGUUUUUAGGCUGAAGUUUGAAAGGCAAGCGGGUUGCGUGCUUCACUGAUGUAGGAAACGGCACAUGAUCCGAAUACGUUGUCACAUCAGCCAAAAAAUGCAUGCAAUUGCCUAAAGAUGUUUCAUUUGAGCAAGGAGCUUGCAGCUUUACAAAUCCUAUAGCAGCAGUCAUCAUAAUGGAUACCAUCAAAGAAAAUAGCCAUAAGGCAAUCAUUCAGACUGCAGCUGCAUCUUCAUUAGGAAAAAUGAUAUUAAGAUCAUGUAUAAAAGAGAAUAUUCCUGUUAUUAAUGUUGUUAGAAGGGAUGAACAAGCAAAAUCAUUGAAGGAAAUAGGAGCAAAAUACAUAGUGAAUUCUUCUAGUAGGAAUUUUGAGUAUGAACUGAAAAAGCAUAUAGAUAGCUUAAAUGCUACAGCAGCUUUUGACUGUGUUGGAGGAGAAAUGACUGGAAAUUUAAUAAAUUUGCUAGGAAAAAACUCAGUUGUGUAUGUAUAUGGGAUGCUAAGUCAGGAAAAAAUUACUGAAAUUGACCCUGCUGAAUUGAUAUUUAAUAGGAAAAAGAUAGAAGGAUUAUGGACACAAGAAAUUAUCAAGAGGAAAGGAGUUUAUUAUCUAAUUAAGGUACUUAAAAAGAUUGUAAAAGAACUGUCAGGAACUCUUAAGACUGAUAUUGCAAAUGAAUUUGAUUUAGGAGAAAUUGAUACCGCGCUGAAUUACUAUAGAGAUAAUCCUAGCGCUGGCAAAAUUUUGUUAAAACCAAAAAUGCUAACUCCCUCAGCAAGUGAACAAAACCAUUUUAAAACCCUAUUUUUGCUCAAAAAUAGAAGACAAAAAAUUUUUUUAUGAAAAAAUUUUGAUAUAUAUAUAAGUGAUAAAAGUAAAAUGAAAUUUCUAGCUAAUUCUGUUUAAUUUAAAAAAAAAUGCAUUUUAAAACAUAAAUUUUACACAUUAAAUUAAUAUGUGUUUUCCAAUUUUUGCUAGUUGGGAUUUUUUAAAUUUCUAAAAAAAAAACUAUUAUAAAAUUUAUUAAGGCUCCUCUGAACGAACAAAAAAAUAUUUUGUUCACAUGGGGGAAAUAACAGAAAACCAAAAUAAAAAUACAUAA